GCCGCGUAAUCGCAUCGCAUGCAGUGGCCUGGCGUGAGUCCGCGCGAGCGCGUCGUAUCCUGGUUAGUCGGCUACCUGACGGCGGUCUGCAUCGUUCUCACUGGGAACGACGACGACGACGACACACGGGUGCUUUGAAUCUCGCCCGACGUUGGCGCGUCCCGCGGUCCAUCCACCUCCGCGUCGCGUCGUUUACUUCCUCCUCCGCCUCCGCCUCCUCUUCUUCUGAUUAUCCCGUCCUUUUCUCUCCCGCCCUGACCCGACCCGCCGUCUCAUCGCACUCACGCACUCACGCACGCGGGGGCAUUAUGCGCGCGGCCGACGAGCGCGUCCGCGUCAGCCACGAUAGAGACGGCGUCCUUGUCAACGGCGAGGCUGCGAGCAAGUCCCGAUCAGCUGAGAGCCUUUGACACACUGGUCGGCAGCCUGAUCCUUGGCGCAGCACCAUCACCGUCAGCGCUUGGACCUGGUCAACCGUAGCGGCGACUCGAGUUUCCCGAAGGUGCAACGGGAGCAUCCUCGCCCCCCACCUCGCCUUCCCGUUCACGGAGCCUCGUAUCUCGCCCCGACCUAAAUCCCGUAGACCUGAUCCUCGCGGACUUGACGCGAGAGCUGUUGUCAGCUUGUAAGCUCGUGGAACGGGGGAUGCCGAUCUCGCCGAUCCCGCGAGCGUGAGUCUCCACUGGUGGUAAGAUUUCUCUCCCGCUCUCCCCUUGUCGUCGUGCCCUCCCCGUCACCCCCUUGGCUCUGCCUGUGGAGGCCGACCUCGGCUCAUUCGUUCGUUCGUUCGUUCGUUCGUUCGUGGGUUUGCUCGUUUGUUCGUUUCUUCUCUCCUUCCUUUUCCCGCCGGCAGCCUCGAUAGUAUUUGCGAAUCGAAGCGUUCUCCGGGGAAGAGAUGACAACCGGCGUCGAUUUAAAUCAGACGCGGCCACCGGUCACGUCGACGCGACGAUGAGCGAGCACGAUGUGUAGCGUAGCCGAUAGCCGGUAAAAGUGCUGACGGAAGGCGGCAGCAAUAAUGCCGGACAAAAAUCCGGGCCAGUGCCGAGAUGGACAACGCGACAAAGAUUUCCUCGCCGGCGAGAUCUCAUCCAUCGGCAUGUCGCUGCGGCCCAGCGGGAGCGCAUCCUCCGGCAUCUCGACCCUCGCUAGUUGCGGCGAAGUCGACGCGUUGCCGGAGCUGCCGGCGCAGGAUGAGGAACGCCUGCAGCGCGCUGCGCGCUUGCUGCAGCAGAGGCUGGUGCUACGUCAAUGGUUGACGGAUCAUGGCCUACACAGCUAUUAUCAAAAGUUGAUGCAAAUGGAGGUGAUGUCCCUGGAGGACGUGUACUGGGUGGAGGACAAUGCGGCACGAGCGGCCCUUGGCAAGGAUCUACAGCGGUGGACCCAGGCCAGACAGACUCUGCCUACCUCGAAGGAAGAUUUAGAAACCCUCAAAGCGGAUCUGUGGAGCGCUGUGGUGAAGAACAGCCAACACCAGGAUGCUUGGACAUGGGGCGGUAUGCUGGUAGUUUCCGUGUCGGUAGCGGGGCUGGUUACCCUGGCCGCUAUGACGCAGCCCGCUCUGGCGCCCGAAGCGAAACACUCACUUCUGCAGUAUGUCACAGGGAAAUAUUUAUUGCCGAGUAACUGCCGCGUUCAUUUCGAGUGGGAAGAACCCCAGCUGGUCGGCGAGACGAUGACUUUUACGGUGAAAUUUUAUCAACGCAACGGUCAGCCGUACCCGAUAUGCGACAAGGACAAUUUGAUCGUGGAGGUGACGGAGGACACGCGCCGAGUUGCCACGCUGAUCGAGCUAGGAGGCACCGACCCCUUAGCUGCGAACACCGCAGUGGUGAAGUUUACUGUCCGCCAUGCGGGACAAUAUCGGAUAGCCGUACUCAUCGGAUCGUGUCAUGUUCACGGCAGCCCGUUCCUCAAGAAUUUUCUUCCCGGUCCUCCAGAUCCGAAUAAGACGGUGUUUGUGCGGCAAAGUUCCACGGUCGUUUGUACAGCUGGGAUAGUACACUCGAUGACAAUAGAGCCACGCGACGAAUAUGACAAUCUGUGCAUAUUUGGGCCCGGGGAUCUGCCUACGAAAGGCUAUAACGUCAAUAUUACUCAGAUCGGUAGCAUAGCGGAUAAAGGAUCGAUGAUAGACUACGUAGACCAUAGUAUCGAGCUCGACUAUGACUGUCCAAAUCAAAGAAUUCGCCUGAAAGUGAGUUUCCCGAAAGGCGGCUGCUACCAUGCGACCGUCAGCUUGGCGGGGCUGCAGCUGCACAACGGGGACUUCGAUAUUAUUGUGCUCGAGAGUUCCGUCGCGCGAAUGGUGCAUAAUCACGUAGCUUCCAAGGAUCCCGCCAUUUGUUACGGCGCGAAACUGCUGGGCAUGCAAGGGGAAAGGUUCUCGAAGCCGAAGAAAGUCUUCUGCUUCAUCUCGCCUAAGCAGCUUACGAUUAAGGAAUACUUGUUGAAAUUUAUUCCCAAGAGACUCGUGACCUUCCGGCUGUGUCCGUCGACUAAGUUUCAUUUCGAGAAAUCGACUAAUCGACACGAAGGCUACCACCCCUUCUCGAUAGACGACGGAUGCCAACCGCCUGUCGAACUAAUAUCCGUAUACCGCGAUAUAAUAGCCGCCACGUUUACCUUGUUCCUCCUGAAAAACAUCGGCGGCAGCGAGACCUUCGCCGACAAGCAAGACUUUUUCUAUCACGAGGUCCGCAAGCGCCAUCAGAAGCAUUAUCACGAGAGACUGCCGAUGAAAGUGCAGCGUGAUAAGUUGCUGGAGUCGUCUAUGAAAGCCACUAAAGUAUUUUCCGUGAACGACUGGUGCCGCAAUUUCGAGAUCACCUUCCAAGGCGAGCAAGGUCUCGAUUGGGGUGGCGUGCGGCGCGAAUGGUUCGAACUGAUAUGCGCCGCUUUGUUCGACUCGGGGAACGGCCUGUUCGCGUCGUUCGGGGAGUCGCAACAGGCACUGGUGCAUCCAAACUGCAAGCGACCGUCGCAUCUGAAACUGAAGCACUAUGAAUUCGCCGGGCGUAUCGUGGGCAAAUGUCUCUACGAGUCGGCGCUCGGCGGCUCCUAUCGUCAGCUGGUUCGCGCGCGAUUCACCAGGUCCUUCCUCGCGCAGAUUAUAGGACUCAGGGUGCACUACAAGUACUUUGAGCAAGACGAUCCGGACCUGUACUUGAGCAAGGUGAAGUACAUCCUCGAGAACGACGUCGAGGAAAUGGAAUUGUACUUUGUCGAGGAGGAAUACGACAAUGACGGCCAAUUGUUGAAGGUAGAGGUAGCGGAAUUAAUUCCGGGCGGCAGCAAGCUCCGAGUGACCAACGACACCAAGCUCCGUUACCUGGACGCUUUGGCUCAACAUCGGCUGGCCAGUUCCAUCCGCAAUGAAGUCGAUCAUUUCUUGCGCGGCCUCAAUGAACUGAUUCCCGACAACCUCUUGGGGAUAUUCGACGAGAAUGAAUUGGAGCUGCUGCUGUGCGGCACUGGUGAAUAUAGCGUGGCAGAUUUGCGCGCGCACCACAUAGCCAACGGAAGUUCCCCGGAGUUUCUGCGAGUCCUCGACUGGUUCUGGACGGCGGUGAGCAACUUCACGCAGGAGGAAAUGGCGCGACUGCUCCAAUUCACUACGGGCUGCUCGCAAUUGCCGCCCGGAGGCUUCCAACAGCUGAGCCCGCGUUUCCAAAUCACGGCCGCGCCGACGUUCGCUAAUUUACCUACGGCACAUACUUGCUUCAACCAACUCUGCUUGCCUGAUUACGAGUGCUACGAUCACUUCGAGCGAGCGUUGCUGUUGGCGAUCAGCGAGGGUACCGAAGGUUUCGGCAUGAUCUAACCGAAGAACGUGCCCAGGAUCCACUGAACAUCUAGUCGAGUCUAGUUAGAGCGACAUUGUUAUAAUUAAAGUAAUUAUUUAUCCAUUCUCCCUCUGAUAGUGAAAGAGAAAGAAAGAUCAUAGUCCUUUCGGAAAUAGAUCCUGCACGAAUCUGACCCGCUGGCGAUCACCUGGCCUCCGGCAGGGUCGAGAGAAGCGAAGACGACUCUCUAUAUAUCGCACAUUUUGAUAUAUAACCACCGAUUAGAACUUUUGGACCUUUACUUUCUUUGUUUACGCCGAAGACUAUCAGGAAAAAUCCAAUCUUCCGACGGUGUGGAGGACGCAGUUUCUACCGAGCCGCGGCGAUGUUUUUUAUAAAAAGGGGAAAAAAAAAAGAAAAAAAGACAACGGAAGAUAUCCACACAAGAGCAAUGUUACCUCAACAUCAAGAUUGCUCAAUAUUAUCGUAUCGAGACCUAGCGUAGUCGGAACUUAUGAUAGGUUUAAAAGAAAAGGAAAACAAAACGUGUACGUGAAAAUUGCGUUGACGCGUUUCUUCUCGCGCGAUGACGCCUGUAGCUGAUGUCCGUAAUAUAAUGGCAGCUGUGUAAUGUCAUAACGAUGCAACUACGAAUCAAACUACGCAUAUAUAUAAUUUUCCUUUAACGGUAACUGUUACAUACGUAAAGGAGAAAUCAACCGCGUCGACUUGUCACGCGACCUAAGAGGGGAUCAUUCUUGUAGCAGUACUGAACGUAUUCCGUUCGUCAGUAUUUGUUCGUACAUUCGUGUCGCGAAGUAGCCAAUAUCGCGGCGUAUGAUUUCCGUAACUUUAGGCGAUCAAUUUGCGAGAGCUAAGAAUAUAACGAUACUAACGUACACGGCAGCUUUAUCGUUUACUCCUCUUUUUCCUCUCUUUUUCUCUCUUUUUCUCUUUCUCUCUCUCUCUGUCUCUUUCUUUCUCCACUCGUGAUUACAGCACUUCAACACCGAAGACGGGAGACAAUGUGAGCUAAUUAGCUUGUACAUCCUAUACAAAAUACGACUGUAUCCCGAGGCGCUGUCAUCACAUCAUUGUCUCUCAUCGGCGCAAAAAUACGUGACGAUUAAAAACAAAAAAAAACAUACACGUGAUCACUUAAAAAGAGUCGUAACGAAAUACUGCGCCGUAUUUUCGAGGAAAUGGCGUAUUGUAAACGUCGCAUUCUGGUGUAUACGUAUUUAUUUAAGACGCAUUGAGAAAUAUGUACUUAUACAAUUAAGAGUAGGACUAUGUGAAAUGUAGUAACCGCGCCAUAGCCAGGCAAUUCGUUGCAAAAUGAAACGAACAGUCGAUGGCCGCAAAGUCGUACUACGCCUUGCAGUAGCAAACAAACUGACCGCCUCGCCAGAUUGUCCGCCAUCGGACGAUACUGACGGCAAUUUAUUUUUAUCAGUUCGUCGUGUUACGCGAAGGAGUCUAAGAAUAUAGAUUUAAAAAACGUCA